GUUCGCUCGGCGUCGGCGACGACCGCCUCUUUCAAUCCUACCGCUCACGAAGCCUACUUACAGGCGCAAGAUUGAAAAAAUCGUAUUCAUAAUUCCUGAUUAGGUACAUUAGUCGAUAUGUCGGUCAAAGUUACUCUCGCGCUGGUUCUAACGAUAGCCGCAGUGGCACGCUCGGCGAGCAUUUUAGAUUUCAUAGACAAAGACGUAGCUAAAAGGCUGAUCGACACGCCCGAGGUCCGCAACGAGCAACCGAACCGUAACUGCAUGUGCAAGGGCCCGGCGUGCGUGUGCUGCGUCGACUUCAACAUGACUCUCGUGGACUUGGGAGGACCAGGGUGUGUCCACAUGAAGUACGUGUCUCCAGAGGAAGGAUUUUCAGUCAACGUUUCUUAUGGCAAAAAUCUUAUCCACAGCUCGAAAAUUCAAGGAGCUAACCCCGCUCCAAUCUGCUUGGAAGUAUUCGGCAAAUUCGCCCAAGUCUGCGCGAAGUUCAGUGACCUGGCGCCCACGGCCGACGGUCUGCGGGGCUGCUUGGAACUAGAGCCCCGGCUGUUAGGGGAGACGCAGCUGGAGUUCCCCAUCGGUUGCUUCAAGUCUACUGCUGGAGGAAUGGAGAUGGAAGACCCGCCAGCUGAGACCGAAGAGACCACCGAACAAAAUACCGAAGAGAAUACCGAAGAAACCGGCGGUUUCGAUGCUGAAACCUUCCUACUCGGUGUCUAUCAAACCGCUGAGCAGGGCGUCGCCUUCCUUAGCAGCAUCCUAGACCUGCCCAACAAGCUGAACGCCACCAGAACUACCACCACCUCUACCACCACUACUCAAAAACCAGAAGAAACCAGCCCUGCUGAGGCUUCUCAAAGAAGAGCCCCCAAAAACCUAAAACACCCCAACCAACUGUGAUAUCCAGUUAUGACAAACGAAUGAUCGUAUUGUUUAUUUCAAACAAAAUACGAUCGCUCGGGUAUUAAUUAAGAAUGCAUUA